AGGUGCGCCUGAGCCAAUGCCCGCCUGCCCUGCCUGCAGCCUCAGCCCAAUGGCGUGGUGACCCUCCCUGCCCCGCUCUGGCACCAUGUGGGCCAACGGCAGCUCCCUGGGGCCCUGCUUCCGGCCCAUGAACAUCACGCUGGAGGAGCGGCGCCUGAUCGCCUCCCCCUGGUUCGCGGCCUCCUUCUGCCUGGUGGGCCUGGCCUCCAACCUGCUGGCCCUGAGCGUGCUGCGGGGCUCGCGGCCGAGCGGCAUGUCCCCCCGGUCCUCUUUCCUCACCUUCCUCUGCGGCCUGGUCCUCACCGACUUCGCGGGGCUGCUGAUCACCGGUGCCAUCGUGGUGUCCCAGCACGUGGUCCUCUUCGACUGGCAGGCCGUGGACCCCGGCUGCCACCUCUGCCACUUCAUGGGUGUCAUCAUGGUCUUCUUCGGCCUGAGCCCGCUGCUGCUGGGGGCCACUAUGGCCUCGGAGCGUUUUCUAGGCAUCACCCGGCCCUUCUCGCGCCCGGCGGCCGCCUCGCCGCGCCGCGCCUGGGUCACGGUGGCGCUGGUGUGGGCGGCGGCGCUGGCGCUGGGCCUGCUGCCCGUGCUGGGCCUGGGCCGCUACACUGUGCAGUACCCCAGCUCCUGGUGCUUCCUCACGCUGGGCGCCGAGCCGGGCGACGUGGCCUUCGGCCUGCUCUUCGCCCUCCUGGGCGGCCUCUCGGUGGGCCUGUCGUUUCUGCUCAACACCGUCAGCGUGGCCACGCUGUGCCACGUCUACCACGGGCAGGAGGCCGCCCAGCAGCGCCCGCGGGACUCUGAGGUCGAGAUGAUGGCCCAGCUCCUGGGCAUCAUGGUCGUCGCCAGUAUCUGCUGGAUGCCGCUGCUGGUCUUCAUCGCGCAGACGGUGCUGCGGAGCCCGCCGGCCAUGAGCCCGACCGGGCAGCUGGCGCGGGCCACGGAGCGGCAGCUGCUCAUCUACCUGCGCGUGGCCACCUGGAACCAGAUCCUGGACCCCUGGGUGUACAUCCUGUUCCGGCGGGCGGUCCUCCGGCGCCUCCACCCCCGCCUCAGCACCCGGGCCAGGUCGCUGUCCCUGCAGCCCCAGCUCUCCCGCAGGCCCACCAGGCAUUAGG